AUGUCUGAUAUCCCUUUCCUAGCAGUUGAAUCUGCUUUAAUAGAUGGUCAUAUCCGAGAAGGCGACACGCCGGAAACUGCAAUUGCCCCAUCCACGGCUGCCGAUUCGAAAACGGUUCUAACCGACAGCGAAUACUCCGCCGUCGAAGCCGAGGAAGACGACGAAAGAGAGCUCCACGAUGAACUCGAUCAGGAGGAAGAUGAUGAGGCCGAUGAAGUAGCUUCGAUAUCCUCUUCAGUCCUAUACUCCUCCGGUCACGAAACCCACCGAUCUCUCCGACAUCGUCCGUUGCCCCCUCUUCCCGACCUCAGAUUCGAGCAGUCCUAUCUGGCGAGCAUCAGGCAGGCCCGAGAAGAAGAGAAAUACUGGCUUAUCGCGUUGAUUACGGUGAAAGACCAAGUGUUGUUCCCGUUGAUUCAGGGAACUUUGUGGAACUUGACGUUAUCUGGGUGGAGGUAUUGGAAUCGUGGGGUGAAGUUUAGUGGCGGAGGGGUGGGGGCGAGGGUCAGGCGAUGGUGGUGGGGAGUCAAUGGAUGGAAGUACCCGACUCAGGAAUAG